AUGCCUGCCCAUGAGGACGUCCAAUUCCGCACCCUCGACAACACAGUCCUUCGCGGCCGUCUCUUCCCGGCAGACCAGCGAGGACCAGGAAUCAUCAUGACACCGGGCUUCAACGCAACCAAAGAAAUGCUUGGCCUCCCAACUACCGCAGCAUCUUUCCAACGCGCUGGCAUCACUGCCCUAAUUUAUGACCCACGUGGCGUGGGCCUCAGCAACGGCACCCCACGCAACGACAUCAACCCCUUCCAAUCCGUCGAUGAUCUGUCCGACGCCCUAACUUACCUUCUCUCUCACCCAAACAUUGACCGGUCACAGGGCGUCGCCCUAUGGGGCAUGUCACUCGGCGCCAGCAUCGCCCUCGUAACAAGCGCCCUUGACCCACGCGCCCGCUUCACAAUCGCCAUAUGCCCGGUCGUCGGCGCAACACAGAACCUACCCAAAUUGUCUGCCGUGCUUUCUAAAGCCGCACAGGACCGCGAGUCCCGCUCCAAAGGCAACGAGCCAUUCUACGUCCCCAUGCUGACGAAAACUGGCGAGAACCCAGCUGGUUUCAAUUUGGGCUUUGAGCGCGAUGUCGCGAUAAGAUUACUCAAUGCGCAAGACGUGAAUGAUCCGCUUCGUGCGGAGCUCGCGCCCAACCAUGUCAAUCGCACGACGGUGGGCACGUAUAGGAAUAUGCUGCUUUGGGAACCGAGCCAUAUGUGGAAAUAUCUUACGCGCCCGGUGCUUUUUGUUCUGGCGGAGCAGGAUGCGGUUGUUGGCACGGAGGCGCAGGAAAGACACUUUGGCGCGAUAAUAGUAGAUAAGGAGCUAUAUGUACAGAAUGGGGCGGUGCAUAUGGAUAUUUUGGAGGGAUUGCAUCAGGAUGCCGUUAAUCACGUACAGACAGAGUUUGCGCGGAAGCUAUGGUAA